AUUGGAUCAGUCGACCGCCGAACCCCAUAUUGAGUGAUCAUUACCUGUGUCUGGAACUACGAAGGGCAUGCCAUCAGAAAGCAUGGCGAUCGAUAUGCGCCACAGUAAGCUGAAGGCCUCGGAAGCGGCCAUGCUGGCUGGCGAGAUUCAGAAGCCGAGCUGGCAGUCCAAGAACGAGGGUAUCCAUGAGCGCGUCAGCUUUGAAGAUGCGAUCUGGGGCUUCGAUCUUGCUGGAGGUUCCUUCUACAAGACUCCUUUGAGAGUUGUUGCUGUGAAACCUGACAGCAGAGCGGAGAAGGCCGGCAUCCGUCCGGGAGACAAGCUCCUUCGUAUCAACGACAUUGACACCUCCACCCUUAGCAUCCAAGAGGCUCAUGCCAUUAUCAUUGAGUCUGGGAUACAUCUCAAGAUAGCUGUCACAUCACCUGACGAUGAGGAAGAUGCUUACUAUUGUUAUGAGGAUCCUUUGGACACCGGCUACGAUAGUGAAGAGGAAAGAAGAAAAGAAGCGGAAAAGGCACGGAAAAGAGAAGUUCAUGCCAAAGUGAGUUCUUAUUGGAGCUUACAAUGGCCGUGGGUCAGCAAAAGAAAAAUAAUUUACAGAGAAUCCAAUUGUUUUAUGGUGCCAAGCAAGUACGAAGGUAAACACAGAAAUAAGUUCCCCACACAGCCCAUGAUUAGAACCGAAAAAGAUAUUGUACUAGAUAGUAUCAAAUCAAAAACCGAGGAAAUAAUAGAAAACGGAAAAGAUAAAUUACAUAAUGACUUACCGAACGAGAAUAAAAUAACCAACAGCCAAGAACCCGUAAUGAAUGGUGUAGACCAACCUGAAAACAUACCUAAUGGAAAUGAGAAGAAUGUUAAAGAAAAUAAUAUUCUUGUGCCACCAAUAAUCCCUGAAGUCGAGGAGGACAGCGUUCAAGAGGUGUCAGAAGUAGAAGAAUCUAAUGAAAUUUUAAAUUCGGUAAUGGAGGAAGAUAGUAUACAAGAAGAAGUUUUAGAAGAAGAAGAAGUUCUAGAAGAAGAAGAAGUAAGCGAACUUGAUUCAGAAGUUGAAGAAAAGAGUCAAAUGGAUACAAGUGAAGCAACAGAUCAUGAUAAUGUUCUUAAUGAGGUUUUAGACACCCAUGACAUUUCGGCAGAUGAGGAGGACAAGAUAUUGAAUAGUAUCCUUAGUAACGGUGAUACAAGUGAGAGCAUGGACGAAAGAUAAAUUGUAUUAAUGAGUAAUACAAUCUCAACUUUUAUAUUGUGAUAAUUUAAUCAUACGUAAGUGAUAAAUGUCAUUCCUCAUUGUCAUGGUAGUUAUACAAUAGUUUGAAUUAAUGAAAUUGGUACUGCUUCUAAUAUUAUUAGAAAGUCUUGGGGUUGCUUUAGUUUUAAAACAACUUCUGAAAGGCAUCUUUUCUUUUUGAUUGCAUGCGUUGAAGUCAAGUUCAAAGUUUAAAUUAAAGCUACGAUUAAGUUGGCACUGAAUUGUCAAUUAAUUUAUUUUAACAUCAAAUUAAAGUUUCAUUCUUUAUAAUAAAUGUCAAUAUUAAUGUAAACUGUCUCGUAAGUCGUAAAACAUAAUAAAAAAUGUCUGUUUUAUGGAGACAAAUGUUCGCUGUCUAAGCAGCAAAAAAAAAUAUGAAUUUCUAUGAAAUGCUCUGUUCAAAAGAAGCAUUAGUGAUAUAAAAUACUUGAAUUAUUUUCAAACUUUACUACAAUGAAAGAUUUUCUUAUAAUUUCACUAGAUACACCAAUUUCGACAUGUCAAUUUUGUUCACGAUCGACAUUUCAUAACUAAAUAUAAUAGUUCCAGUUUCUGAUGAUAUUUUAUAAGUAAAAUAAAUUUAUUUUUACGUAAAAUGUUUGCUUCAUUA